CUCCUCGCUCCAAUCGCAAAGCUCAAAGGAAAAAGGCAUUGAAUUGGGCAUGGUCCGUCGCUUCGAGAUCAAGGUGCCUUGCACCUCGUCCAACAUCGGACCCGGCUUCGACGUCGUCGGCCUGUCCCUCUCCCUGUACCUGACGCUGUCCGUCACCGUUGACGCCCAGCUCAAAAACACAGCACCGACGCUUCGAUACACUGGCGAGGGCGCGUCCGAGGCGCCUCUCGACGCCUAUAAGAAUCUGACGACUCGGACGGCACUCUACGUCCUCCGGUGCGCCGGUAUCUCAUCAUUCCCACUCGGUGUCUCGAUCGACGUCAACAACGAAGUUCCCUUUGGGCGAGGGUUGGGGUCGUCGGGCGCCGCUGUCGUCGCCGGUCUGCUCCUUGGUGAUGCCCUGGGCGAGCUUCGCCUGCCCAAGGAGCGCCUUUUGGACCAUGCCCUCAUGAUCGAGCGCCACCCAGAUAAUGUCACGGCUGCGCUCAUCGGUGGCUUCGUCGGGUCCUACCUCCUCGAUCUCUCACCAGAAGACACGACGGCAAAGGCCGUGCCUCUCUCGGAGGUCCUGCCCGAAUACCCGCCCGAUGCGGGGGCCGAGUGGGGCAAAGACCCGCCGGCACCGCCGCACGGAAUUGGCCACUACAUCCGCUUUGGCUGGGCGCCCGAGAUCGAUGUGAUUGCCAUCAUUCCUCAAUUUGAGGUCUCGACGGCGAAAGCACGGAGCGCGCUGCCGGACAGCUACUCCAAGGCGGACCUGAUCUUCAACCUGCAGCGCCUCGCCGUGCUCACGACGGCACUCGCCAGGAGCCCGCCGGACCAGGGCCUCAUCUUCCAGGCGAUGCAGGACCGCGUCCACCAGCCGUACCGUAAGCACUUGAUCCCCGGCCUGCCGCGAAUUCUCGCCAGCGUCACGCCGUCGACGCACCCGGGCCUGCUCGGCAUCUGCCUCUCAGGCGCCGGCCCCACCAUCCUCGCCCUCGCCUCUACCUCGCGGCCCAACCAGCAGGCCAUUGCAGACACAAUCUGCCACGAAUUUUCCAAGGAGCAGAUCACCUGCCACGUCCAGUUCCUCCACGUCACGACCGAGGGCGCCACCUGUACAGAACAGUCACCAUGACCAUCGUGUUGCAGUCUUGUCCAGUCAGUGAUUGAUUGUUUGAUUGGGUAGUAGUGGUUUUACAAUAUACAAUGUAGAGUUUUCCUCAGUCCUCGUCAUCCAUCCCA